UUAUUGGAGGUCACGUGGCCAGUCGCUAGGGACAGAUGCACGUCCUGUACCUCGGAUUGAAGCGUCGCGAGCUGCUGCUAUCGCUAGUUUGAACAAAAUGGCUGCAGAGGCACCACUAACGAAAGCCCGCUGAACGGUAGGAAUUAUCAUCGACGAUGUUUUAAUGGAUAUCUUGGAAAUACCCCCUCUCCAAAUAUUGGAUUUUGCAAGAAUUUGCUCUCUUGGAUUCUUCUAUUUGCGAACAUUUCACAGUCGCGUGCUGUAAAACAUUUUUUUUUUGCACUUUAAAAAUGUCAGCUCAUCAAAGACAAGCCGAGAGAAGAAGCAGGGAACACGAGACCAGAACCAUUUGAUGGAAGAAAAGAAAAAGAGAAAGCAAGAAGAAAAGAAAAAGAAGGAAGCUGCUCAGAAAAAGGUCACUGAACUGAAAACCAAAGUGCCAGACUCAGCCAAGCCCGGCCCCACCCCUCCUCCCCCCGCCAACCCCAGUGCCACCCCGUCUGUGCCCCCCACCAGCAGCAGUGGCAGUAAUGGCAAGCGCGCCCCCUCCAGUGCCCAGCAGCAGUCCCAGCCCUCGCCCGCCCAACAGCGUUACCCGCCAAGAGAGAUCCCUCCGCGCUUCCGCCAGCAGGAGCACAAGCAGCUGCUGAAGAGGGGUCAGCCGCUGCCCCCUGGGACCCUUCCAACUGUACCAGGACGCCCCGAACCUGACUCGAGUCAGAAAUCCUCUGGUGCAUCGCACACAGAGCUGCCCCCACAGAGUGGCCCGGGAGCCCAUUAUGAGAAUCCCCACUUUGGACACCAGCCAGCCAAUCGGAGUGCCACUUCCGCCUCAGCGUCGGCCAAUCACAGUGGCUGGGAUACAGUGAUCAUCGACGAGAGCGACACCGAGGCCUGGCCCUCCAUUUCCCGCAGCAGCCAGAGCCAGGGCCCUGCAGGAGGAUGCCCCUCGGACACUGACCCGGCCAGCAGCAGCAGCAGUAUGAGCAUGGCCACGGGGGCCAACGGCCAGACAGGCCACUUUCCUGCCAACUACCCCAGCAGCAAAGGAGCCAGCUCUGGGCCCGGCAGCUCAGCCAAUCACCCCGGGGCAGGCACGGUCAGCAUGGCCUCAAGCCAAGGAGCAGCCAAUCGGGGAUGGGGAUCUGGUCCCGGUCCCUCCCCCCAUGGCCCUCCUCAGUCCUCAUCUGUCGGGGGUGGGGAGGGGAAGAGUGAUGGCCCAAUGGGAGGAGGAGGAGGCAGGGGUUGGGGCUCCUCUUCCUCCACCACCUCCAACUUGAACCUCAACCCCAAUGCCAACCCCUCGGCCUGGCCCGUUCUGGGGCACGACGGGGGCGGAGGAGCGGGGGCAAGCAGCUCAGGGGGAGCCAACCCCAAUCAACCCCCUUCUUCUCAACCCCCUCCAAACCUCUGCGACCCGCCAGGCACCUCUCACGCCCAGGGGAACGGCAUCAGAGGAGGAACCAUGGUGGGCGGCACCAACGGCAACCUUCCGGUUGGGGGAGGCGGCACCUGGGGAGAAUCAUCUGAGCCACACCCAUCCUCAUCCACGAAUGUGUCUUUCAGCUCAGAACCUCAGAACCUUAACACUGACGGACCAAAUCAUACUAGCAAGCAACAGGAGCCCCCUAUCCACAGCGUGUCCGGCUGGAGUGGCCCCUCCGGAGGUAAGGGCUCCCUGGGCCAGCCUCCUCCUGGAGCUUCCCAGCUGGUCAAUGGAGAGGAUGGCAGCUCCGUCUGGGGCAACAAUGGAGACUCCAAGUCAGUUGCCUCCUCCACGGAGCCUUCGGGCUGGGACUCUGGGGCCGGGGGCUGGGGGAGCCAUGGAAGCAGUGGUGGUGGAACCUCUGGAGGCUGGGGAGGCCAGAGCAGCAGAGACGCCUGGGGGAAGCAGCAUUCUGGCGAGGUCCAGGGGGGCUGGGACGCCCCCAGCUCUCCUCCCCAGCAGGCCAGAUCCUGGAGCACCCGAGCCCCUAGCACCACGGCGGCCAGCGAGGGCAGCAGCGAGGGCAUGGAUGGAGCGGGACACUCCCUCCGACAGGACCGGUCGUCCAGGGAUGAGCCUGCCCCCCUGCUCCCAGCCCCUGACCUGGACCCCAGGGUGCUGUGCAACACAGGCUGGGGCCAGACCCCCGUCCGCCAGCACACGUCCUGGGACAUGGAGGAGGCGGCACGCACCCAACGAAAGGCAGAUGCUGCCGGGACGGACUCUUGGGGAGGCUCAGGCCCCAACACUCCCACCGAGCCAGCCCAAGGGCCCUCCAACCCCAGCCACUUACCCCCUCAUCGGGUAGACCACAAGAGCGAGGGCCCCGGUCCUGGUCCUCAGGCUGCCCCUGGCUGGGGUGGUUCCAAGCCUCCAGCCAGCCAACCCGGCUCUGGCUGGGGUGAGCCACCGAGCAGCAAGAAUCCCCCCAACGGUCCUGGGGGCUGGGGGAAUCCCCCACCAGGAGGCCCCGGGUCAGGCCCCAACUUGCCCAAAGCUGGGAGCCAGUCCUGGGGUGCUCCAGAGGAGAAGUCCCCAAGCUGGGAUGGUUCCCACGGCAAGGCCCCCAAGCCCCAGGGCUGGGGAGAUGGGCCCAAGCCGCCCCACAGUGGCUGGGGCAACAGCGCUGGAGGAGGGGGCAAUGGAGGAGGGGGGGAAUGGAGAGAGCCUGCAGAUGGCAAGAAGAACAGUCCCACCACCAACCCUCCCUGGGAGGGAGAAGGAGCAGGAGGCUGGAAAGAGAGCAACCGAGGCUGGGGAAAACCUGGUCCGGGGAUGGGGGGAAAUGUUGGUGGAGGCUGGGGAGAGCCAGCGAUGGCCCAGCAGCGCCCAAGUUGCCCUGCCCAAGGAUGGGGCGGCAAGCCCCAGGAGAGCUCCAACGGCAAUAGCGGAGGAGUUAGAGGGAGCAUGGGCGGGGCAGGAGGUGGAGAAGGGAGCAUGGGAUCCUGGGGAGGCCCUGGCCCCGUGAAGCCCAGUGUAUCAGGCCGGGAGGGCAACGGGGGAGGAGGAGGGAGCAAGCCGGACCCCUCAGGAGGAGAGCCCACAGGGUGGGAGGAACCUUCCCCACCCUCCAUUCGACGCAAGAUGGAGAUUGACGACGGCACCUCGGCUUGGGGCGACCCGGGUGCCUACAACAAGACGGUCAACCUCUGGGACAAGAACAACCCUGGGGGAGGAGGUCCACCCCAAGGUAGACCCCCAGGGAACGCCCCCGCAUGCCCCCCUGGAAACAACAACAACCACCCACCACAUCACACCUACCACGGCCCCCCACCACCCCUCCAGAGCCAUGGCGGCCACAACCCCCAGGGCCCAGGCCAGAACAGUGGGCCCAUGGACACAGCCAUGCCUCACCAGACUGCGCCUCCACCACACAGCAGACCACCCCUCAUGGGUCCAGGCUGGGGGGAGCCUUCCAGUGCCCACCCCAAACCAGAGCCCUCCUGGGGGGAGCCUGCUCCCCCUCUGGUCAGCGUGGACAACGGGACCUCCGCCUGGGGGAAACCCACCGGGAGCCAUGGGGGCUGGGGUGUGGGUGACAACAGCCCUGAACCCUACCGACGGGGCAACCCACCCCUUGGAUCUGCACCUUGCAAACCAGCCCCCAAAUCUAUGCAAGACGGCUGGGGUGGCGGAGGUGGCGGGGAGGACAUGGGUUUGUCUGGGGGCCAGUGGGACCCUGACGACGGGGACAUGUGGAGCAGCCAGGCCUCCCAGGAGAGCAACUCCUGGGGCAACAGACCCAGGAAGGCCCCACCCAAGGGGAAGAUUCCGGGCAAGCAGGAGGAAGCCUGGAUCAUGAAUCGCCUGAUCAAGCAGCUGACAGACAUGGGCUUCCCUAGAGAUCCAGCCGAGGAGGCUCUGAAGAGGAACAACAUGAACCUGGACCAGGCCAUGAGUGCUCUGUUGGAGAAGAAGACGGAGCUCGACAGGCGGGGGAUGGGCAUGUCCGACUACAACAACUGUCUGAUCAACAAGGGGCCAAUGGGCUGCCGGCCUCCCCUCCACUCCAAAGAGUCCUCCUCAGAUCGCUCCCCUUUCCUCGACAAGGACGGUGUUGGUAGCCUGGUGGAGGACGUCCAUACCUCCUCACCGUUUAUGCCUUGUUCCCCCGGCCCCCUCGGUCCUGAAACUCCCUCCCUGCCUCUAUCCAGCCAGGGCCUGGGCGGCCCACAGGGCCUAGCCAUGCAAAACUUGAACAACAGACAGAUGCAGAGUGGAAUGUUGGGCUGUAGCGGUGCAGCACAAGCCCGGGCCAUGCAGCAGCCUCCUCCUCAGCUGCCAGUGCCGCCUCUCGGCUCCUCCCAGCCUAGUCUACGCGCUCAAGUGCCUCAGUUUCUCUCCCCUCAGGUUCAAGCACAGCUCUUACAGUUUGCAGCAAAAAACAUUGGUCUGAAUCCUGCACUUUUAACCUCACCAAUAAACCCUCAACAUAUGACCCUUUUGAACCAACUAUACCAGCUGCAACUGGCGUACCAGCGUUUACAAAUUCAACAGCAGAUGUUGCAGGCGCAGCGUAAUGUUUCUGGUCCCAUCCGACAGCAGGAGCAGCACGUUGCACGUACAAUCAAUAACAUGCAGCAGCAGAUCCAACAGCACCAGAGACAGCUGGCCCAGGCCCUGCUGAUGAAACAGCAGCAGACCCUCGGCUCCCUCUCCUCCUCCGGCCUGCACCACGGCCAAGGCAAAUCAGCCCUGGACUUGUUCCCAGGCCACCCCCAGGCUCCGGGCCUACCCGACCUGCAGACCAAAGAGCAGCAGUCGUCCCCCAACUCCUACAGCCCCUACCCUCUCUCUGGACUGAAUCCUAACAUGAAUGUAACCUGCAUAGAGGUGGGAGGCCUGUCCAUGAAGGAGCUUCCCCAGCCCCAGUCUCGCCUCUCCCAGUGGACACACCCCAACUCCAUGGACAGCCUCUCUGGAGGCUCAUCCUCUCUGGAGCCCAACCUGAACAAGCACGGUUCCAGCCUGGGCCCUCCCGGGAAGCCCCCCCAAAUGGAGGAUGGGUACAGCCCCUACGGCAUGAUGCCUGUCUCCGAGACCCCCACCAACCCCCUGGUGCCCCCAGACAGCUGGAGCCAGGGCAAGAGCCCCAACGACAAGAUGGUCAACGGCGCCAACAUCACCUGGCCUCCAGAGUUCUGCCCAGGCGUGCCCUGGAAGGGCCUGCAGAACAUCGACCCAGAGAAUGACCCCAACAUGACCCCGGGGAGCGUGCCCAGCGGCCCCACCAUCAACACCAACAUCCAGGACGUCAACCGCUACCUGCAGAGAGACCGCAGCGGAGGUAAAUUGUCGGACAUGAAGUCCACCUGGUCCCCGGGGCCCAUCUCCCACCCCUCCCAGGUCUCUCUGUCCCAUGAGUUGUGGAAGGUCCCCCAGGGGCCCCGUAGUAACACAGCCGCCCCCACACGCCCCCCGGGCCUCACCAACCCCACCAAGCACUCCUCCACCUGGGGAGGCAACUCCCUGGGCCUGGCCCAAGGCUGGAGCAGCUCCUACUCCUCAGCAGCUACCACAUGGAGUACAGACAGCUCCAACAGGACCAGUAGCUGGUUGGUCCUGAGGAACCUCACUCCCCAGAUAGACGGCUCCACCCUGCGGACGCUAUGCAUGCAGCACGGCCCCCUCAUCACAUUCCACCUCAACCUGACCCAGGGCAACGCAUUGGUGCGCUACAGCUCCAAGGAGGAGGCCGCCAAGGCCCAGAAGUCCCUGCACAUGUGCGUUCUGGGUAACACCACCAUCCUGGCAGAGUUUGCUGGGGAGGAAGAGGUCCAGCGCUUCUUUGCACAGGGCCAGCAGCUCGCCUCAACUUCCAGCUGGCAGGCUGACCCAGGUGUCAAUCAGACGCGGAUGGGUGGUUCCGGGCCCAGAUCCUCGCACCCCAUUGGCCACCCCCACUGGAACUCUGGCGGCAGCAGUGGCAGCAUGGGAGGAGGUGGAGCCAAGACGGGCGGAGAUCUGCUCUGGGGGGGCGUGCCCCAGUACUCCAGCCUAUGGGGACCGCCCAGCGGAGAGGAGGGGCGGGUCAUGGGGAGUCCUACUCCAAUCAACACGCUGCUGCCUGGGGACCUGCUGAGCGGGGAGUCCAUGUAGGACCACGUCACAGAGCUCCAUGCUAGAAAAAGGAGGAAUGGAAUACUACACAGUAAUACAUAUAUACAUGUAUACAAACAGAAGAGCAAAAACCAAGCAAAUCAUUGUGGUGAUAAUCAGUGUGGGUGGGAUGAUCGAGGGACAGACUUGAGGAGGACGAGGUGACUCUUCUGUGUCCACGCUGCUCACCCUCUUCCAAUUUUUCUGUUUGUUUAAAAAUAAACAUUUCAUUUUAGAUUUGUUUGGCGAGAGGCUCUGGUUACAGUGUUUUAAGUUUGGACUUUCGGAAAAGCACGAGUAUGCCUUUGACUCAACCAACAAAGGAAGAGAAACAUUUGAACUUUACUCUGAGAACUAUUUGUCAUGUGAAACGUGUUUUAGACUAACUGCUUCAAACAAUGAGCUGCCAUCUUCAAAACUCCCAUAAUCCCUUGCUGCAUGGCAGCAGUCAAUCCACACCUCAGAGAAACCAUAGAUACACGUCAUUCCCAAAGCCCAUCCCCUUCCUGUCGGGAAGGUUCCAGAACUUUCUACCAGUCCGGAAUUUCUCUUGUUUGUUUUUUCUCAGCACUAAUUUCUAGCCUUAACCUCCCCCCUGGCCUCGUUCCCCUCCUUUAUUCACUGAUUCUCAUUCACUCUGUACUUACUGAAGAAAACGUACUGAGAAUUGCACACUCAUUUCUGAGCCAGCGAAAA